CAUUUAUCUGCAGAAAUAAUAGACUCUGCCAGUUUAACAAUUUAACCAGUAAUAUAGUAAUUAAGUGAUAAUAAAAUUAUGGAAAUUAAUGCAUGUAAGAGUGUAUUUGAUACCAGUUGAUAAUUACUUACAGUUUAAUGACAGCUUAUACCCUUCAAACAGACACUAAAAUUGUAAAAUCAGUUUGUGGAGAUUUGAAGAUAAUCUGGAUUAAGGCAGGAUUAACAUAUAUAAGUAGUGUUGUGUUUUAGGAAAUAGAAAUAUUCUAUAGAUAAACUGAAAAAGUCACCAUGAUAUUAGCUCCUUAAUGUUUUCAAUUGAAUAAAAAAAUCUCUUAAUAUAUUAAUAUGAAAUUGUAUGGUCGCUGAUUGGGCGGCAUAAGAAAAUCUGGAAGAAGAUCUGAAAAACCUUUACUUUAUGAUUGUUUUCAAAUGCAUCUAUAUUAUAUAUAACAGUGUUUGAAGUGUAGUUUGCAAGCAAUUUGUACUAUAGAUGUGUUAGUCAUUUGUGAUUGAUUUCUGAAUGAGCUAAGUGGAUUUUAAUUACCUGCAGUUCAUUUGAAAAAUACACAGAAAAUAUCAGCAAAAAUGGAAUUAAAUAAAAAUGUAUCAGAAAGUGAGCAGGAAAUUUGCUUUGCUAAACUUGAGCCUAAUAUGACAUCAUCUGACCUUGACCUUUGUUCCAAUUUUGUUGAAGGUCAAAUAGAUGUUGCUAUAGAAACGAAGACAAAUUAUUUGGAUGAAAGUGCUUGCCUGGAGACAGAACAAUCAGUGCAAGCUUUGCUGGAUCAAGAAAAAGAUGAAACAACUGAAGAUAAUGAAGAAUUUAUGCAACAAGAUCAUGUUGAUGGUGCAAUGCAGAUUUCCCAGGAGCCAUCUGGGAUGGCAGGCACCAAUCAGAAACAACAAGAAUGUUCUGGUUGCAAGAAGAACAUCAUUGAUCGCUACUUGUUAAAAGCGCUAGAUCAGUACUGGCAUGAAGACUGCUUGAAAUGCUCGUGCUGUGAUUGCCGUCUCGGAGAAGUUGGGUCCACGUUGUUUGCUAAAGCAAAUUUACUUCUCUGUCGUAGAGAUUAUCUCAGGUUGUUCGGUACAACAGGUUAUUGUUCAGCUUGUUCUAAAAUGAUUCCAGCAUUUGAAAUGGUGAUGAGGGCAAAAAACAAUGUGUAUCAUUUAGAGUGCUUUGCUUGUCAGAUGUGUAAUCACAGGUUCUGUGUAGGGGACAAAUUUUAUUUGUGUGAUAAUAAAAUACUGUGUGAGUAUGACUAUGAAGAACGUAUGGUGUUUGCGAACAUGACUUACAACUAUAACGCAUUAUCGCAAAUCAAGCGACAGACCAACAGUUUGAGUGACGAUCUAUCGAGCGGGUACGGGAGCCCAAGUCCAGGAUCGUUAUAGUUCUAGAUCUCUUCAAUGGGUUCAAGAGUCCCAGCCACUUGAUCAUAAUGUAAAAGACAUGUUUUGCUGCACGAGAAAUGUGUUUAAAUCGUUACGUUGUUGGGAUCACCGUCAGUACAGUAUAUAAAACAUCUCAUUAGUGUCGAAUAUUAGUGAUAUUACAUCUAGAAACAGAGACCUGAGUUCAGGAUAUUUUCACGAUUUGCUAAUUAUUUUGUUGAUCGUUACACUGCAGGUAUUGUAAAGGAGAUUUCUAUCUUCUUUUUAACAAACACUUGACAAUAGUGUGUAUCAUUGUUGUAAAUGCAUUAAACACAUGUUCCUGGUGAUAUUUUGUGUGUAUCUACAAAGAGGAAUCAUCAGUUUUUACAUCUGCCUUUAUUCAAAGACCAUGUUUUCAUCCUCAACAUGGAGGCAAGAAUUUACACCACCAAGCAGCAUACAUCUUGUUAAAAUGAAAAAUAGGACGUAACAUGUUUUUUUUUAAAAAAAAAACAGCGGAAAAAUAGUUCAUGUAUUAUGUGCAUAACACAAUUUUUGUAUAUACUUGCACAACUGCGAUUUUGAAGUCCUUCCAUUGUUUUCUUAAGUGACUGUAAAAAUUCAGCUUUAAAAUUUAUUUGAUGUGCGUUCAUGCACAAAGACAAAGAUAUUACUUUUAUAUCAUUCCUAAUGAAUAGUAGUGAUGUAUUUUGAGUUACAGUUGUACAUGUGUUAAAGGCCACCUCUAUGUAAAGUCUAGUACAAAUGUACUAUAAAACAUGCUUAUGAAGGCCACUGUUUCACCUUCCUGUUAAGCUAUAGUCAGUGUAAGUUCACCUGUACUGAGAGACCACCCAUCAACAAAGACCACAUUUUUCAUUUCCCAAGAGUGGUAUUUACAAUCAGGUUUGACUGUACUUGAUUGAAAAAAUCCACUUAAUGGACACAAUGGUAGAGAAUAGUGCUUGCUUGCAAUUGGCUUUCAGUGAUUAAUCUUUGUACUGGGCUAGUCUUUAUACUGGACUAGUUUUUGUACUGGGCUAGUCUUUAUACUGGGCUAGUUUUUGUACUGGGCUAGGCGUUGUACUGGGUUAAUCGUAGUACUGGGCUAGUCUUUGUACUGGACUAGUUUUUGUGCUGGGUUAGUCGUUCUGCUUGGCUAAUCAUAGUAUUGGGCUAGUCUUUAUACUGGACUAGUUUUUGUACUGGGCUAAGCAUUGUACUGGGUUAAUCGUAGUACUGGGCUGGUCUUUGUACUGGACAAGUUUUUUUUACUGGACUUUAUAACUGGUUUUCCAUUUGAGACAAGUUUUAUGGAUUAAGUAUUUACACUGUCAGUAAAGCACCUUUUUGUCUGAGAUUUUUUUUCAACAUAAAAUGUAGCCAUGCCAGUAUUGAACAGAACAGUACAAACAUAUCUGUAUGUGGGCAUGAAAUUGAAAAUUGAUAUAUUGUCCAAGCCCAUCAGUAAAUUUCCUUUAAUGAAAAUGCACACUUUCUUAUUUAUUGAUCUUGUGAGUGACCAUGUUACCCCAUUGAAAGAAGAGUUAACUUUUAGACCAACUGAAAAGGAAAAUUUAUUUAUAUUUAUUUUUGGACCCUGCUGAAAUAAUCAUUGAUUUUUGAAUCCACUAAAAUCAAAAAUACUAUUGCCUCAUUACAGUUAUAUUAAUGAAAGAUACUAUAUAUUAUGUAGGUUAAGGGUAUACAGUAUUUACUCACCUACAAGACAAAGUUUUUCUCAUUAAAAAUUAGACUUUAUGUGUUGCCUGAGCUAAUAAGCAAGUCAUUGUCAUUCGGCUAAAGUAUUUAUAAAAGUGUCUGCAAAAUACUGCCAAUAGGACCCCGUCAUAAAGAAAGAUCGUCUAAUAGAUGGGCAAUUAUGGUACAAAGUUAAAUGAGCCGUGCCAUGAGAAAACCAACAUAGUGGCUUUGCGACCAGCAUGGAUCCAGACCAGCCUGCGCAGUCUGGUCAGGAUCCAUGCUGUUCGCUUUCAGAUCCUAUUGCAAUUAGAGAAACUGUUAGCGAACAGCACGGAUCCUGACCAGACUGUGCGGAUGCGCAGGCUGGUCUGGAUCCAUGCUGAUCGCAAACCCACUAUGUUGGUUUACUCAUGGCGCGGCUCAAAUGUACUAAGACGGUGUUUGUAUUAUAAAAUUAAUUGUUAAUUAUACAUGUAGUUUGUGAUUUAAAUCAUAUAUUAUUUCAUUUGUAUAUAUUGCACAUGAAUUUUAUCAGAUUAAAUUUUGUUGAUGGAAUUAUAAAAGCGACAUUGUGAAUAUCAAAGUGUGAUUGAGACAGAUACAAAUCCGGUCAUAUUGAUUUUUAAGGUGACCAGCAGUAAAUCCCUCCUUUUUUGUAAAAUUCCAGGCAGAAUUUUAUUCAACAUUCAUUACUUUCUAACUGCCUUUUAACCUAUGCCAGUCAGAUAAAGUGUAUCGGUGUAUAGCACCGAUACAGGCGAGGCAGUCUUUCCUUGGAAGAACCAGUACAGGCCUCUAAGUAAGGUGGGAGACACUCAAGAGCAUCUCAGAAAUUUCCAGUGUCUGGACCGGGAUUCAAACCACAGACCUCUGGAUUGACAGUCAAGUGUGUUACCGCUAGACCACCGGCUCACCCAAAUUUACAUCCAAUACAAAAAAAACAAAACAUAAAGCAUUCCUUAAUUAGGUUACCUAAAUGUUAAUCAGAGGCAUUAACAUACAGUUGAACCCGUUUUAAUGGCCACCUGUAUUUAGUAGCCACUUGUCUUAUGCAGCCAGUCAGCAAAGUUCCCAAAUUGAUUUUUAUGCCCCCGAAGGGAGGCAUAUAGUUUUUGAACCAUCUGUUGGUCUGUCAGUCUGUCUGUCAGUCUGUCCGCAAUUUUCGUGUCCGGUCCAUAUCUUUGUCAUCGAUGGAUGGAUUUUCAAAUAACUUGGCAUGAAUGUGUACCACAGUAAGACGAUGUGUCGCGCGCAAGACCCAGGUCCGUAGCUCAAAGGUCAAGGUCACACUUAGACGUUAAAGGUCAUUUUUCAUGAUAGUGCAUUGAUAGGCGUGUCCGGUCCAUAUCUUUGUCAUUCAUGCAUGGAUUUUAAAAUAUCUACGCAUGAAUGUGUGACACAGUAAGACGACGUGUUGCGUGCAAGACCCAGUUCCGUAGGUCAAAGGUCCUAAACUCUAACAUCGGCCAUAACUAUAUAUUCAUUCAAAGUGCCAUCGGGGGCAUGUGUCAUCCUAUGGAGACAGCUCUUGUUUG